AGGGGAGCAACAGUGACAGGGAUGGAACCGGCGGUUUCCCCCAUUUACACACAUUCCGACAUAUAAACCCAACUUCCUAUAUUCCUUCUUCACACUUUCAACUGUUUGUCUGUAUUUUUUUUUAUUUUUUUUUUGAUCAUAUUUCUAUUUAUUAUCCAUUUAACCCAUCAUUUGUAUUAUCUUUCAUUUAUUAAAUACCUGAAGCACAAGUGCACAAAGUGGACUUACCACUUGAUAUGCAUAUACAUAUCUAUAUAUCUGUUUGGACUUAUUUUGCUCAAAAAUGAACUGCAACAAUAAUGACAACGCUGAAAUGUGGGAUUGGCAAGGUGAAGAUUAUUGUUUACAAACAAAUGCUUAUGAAAAUGUAGAUGAUCUUUCUUCCAUGUUUGAUGAAACUACACCAGCAAAGUCCUUUGAGGAUGUCGCGUAUCAAGUUACUGAAAAUGAAAAUAUAGAUAAAGGAACCGAGCGAUGUAGAGAGACCUAUUCACAAGUCAAGAGGAGACGUAUGCUUCAUUUUGACAAUGAAGAUUUGGAUGUGGAUAUCAUUUCACUUUGCGAUGAUGACUACUCAUCCAUAUAUCUGAAAUCCAAGGAGAGGGAAGCUUGUUUGGAUGGAGCUUUAUCUGAAAUGGAUGAAUGGGUCGCUGGAUUCGCAGAUGAAACUUCUGCAUGUGGAUCUGGUUACGACGGUUUAGAUCAGUCUUCGGAGGGGUGGAUAGCUGAUUGUCUGAUAGAUGAUACAGAUAUGCAUAUAAGCGAUGAUGAAAUGAAUCCGUCUGGAUCCGCUGCUACUCAGACUGAUCUUACAGAAUCAAAUUAUCUGCAACUAGAGAAUGAGGGUUGUACUGGUCGAGAGCAUCCCACUCCUACUCGUCGAAAUAUCACCUUUAAAGGGAAGAAGUCCUUCAUUAAGCCACCAAGACAAGUGGCGUCAUCGGUUGUCCUUCCAUUUGCAUUUAUAAAACCAUUUGGUAUGCAAGGAGCCGUGACCCUAAAAGACAUAAACCAAAAGAUACUUGCUCCACCACCACCAAAAUCCAAGAAAACCAGUGAUAAUCCUACAAAGUCAUACCCUACGUCAGCUUUCUCAGGCAAACCCGUUGUUGGUAAAACCAAGAUUCAUACUGAAGGUGGAAAAGGCAGCAUUACAAUCAUGCGAACCAGAGGGUGAGCUAGUAAGUGCUUCGGUUCCUUAUAACUCAUCUAUUUUUGUGGAUUAUUGCUCUAUUGUUCAUAGAGCUACCGUUUGUAUUAGUAAAAACUGAGAACGAAAAAUAGGGACUUUAAAGGUAAAGGGAAGCAUUUGAUGGCGAUAACUGAUAACCGAGUUAUCAAAUUUUGCAAAGUGUUUUGAUCUUCAUGGAGUGCUUUUAGGUGGGCAGAUUCCUGUUGUAUUAUAUCCUUGAAUUUGGCUGGAAUCUAUUAGGAUCUUUAUGAUCUAGAGAUCCUUCUAAAUCUUUUGUAUCUAGAAUUAAAGUUAUGUAUUCCUUAAUGGUGUGUCUAUAUGUUACGUUAUUUUGUUGCUUCUAUGUUUCUUUCCUUUGUUGAAAUCCACCUAGAGUUAUGUUUUUCUUUUUAAAA